AUGGACGGCGACGACUGCGACGCCGGCGGCGAGUGGAUCUGGGUGCGUCGACCGCAGGAAGCGGAAGCUGCGGCUGCGGCGGCGGGGUGGCCGGCGGAGGAGGCGCGGCCUCUGAAGGUGGUGUUUGGGUCCCCAGCCAGGUACUUCACCGACGCGGCGCCGAUCGGGAACGGCCGUCUCGGCGCCUUGGUCUGGGGCGGCGUCACCUCCGAGAAGCUCCAGCUCAACCAUGAUACAUUAUGGACGGGCGGACCUGGUAAUUAUACAAACCCCAAAGCACCUACUGUUCUUUCUGAAGUAAGGAGCCUUGUUGAUAAGGGACUGUAUCCUGAAGCUACAGCUGUUGCUUAUGGCCUGUCUGGUGAUGAGACGCAGAGUUACCAGCCUCUCGGUGAUAUUGAUCUUGCCUUUGGUGAGCAUAUCAAGUAUACAAAUUAUAAAAGAUACCUUGAUUUGGAAUCUGCAACAGUCAAUGUCACAUACAGUGUUGGGGAAGUAGUGUACUCAAGGGAACACUUCUCCUCAAAUCCACAUCAAGUAAUUGCGACUAAAAUCUCUGCAAACAAACCAGGAGCUGUCUCCUGUACAGUAUCUUUAGCAACACCACUAGAUCACCGGAUUCGUGUAACAGAUGCAAAUGAAAUAAUCAUGGAGGGUAGCUGCCCAGGAGAAAGGCCUGCGGGAGAUGACAAUGCAUCUGAUCAUCCUCCGGGAAUGAAAUUUUGUGCUAUUCUCUACCUGCUGACGAGUGGUGCCAAUGGCCAAGUGCAAGUAUUAAAUGAUAAGAUGCUGAAACUUGAUGGUGCCGACUCAGCGGUUUUGCUCCUUGCAGCUGCAACCUCAUUUGAAGGGCCAUUUGUCAAGCCUUCUGAAUCGACACUUGAUCCAGUGACAUCAGCAUUCACAACAUUAAAUAUGGCCAGGAGCAUGUCAUAUGCACAGCUAAAAGCUUAUCACAUGGAUGAUUACCAGAGUCUUUUCCAGCGUGUGUCCUUGCAACUUUCACGAGGCUCUAAUGAUGUACUUGGAGGUAGCACUUUGGCUCACUUACCUGAGAAUAUCUCUCAGGAUACUGCAGUAUCUGAUUGCACUGUGCAGAUGGUUGACAGUUCAAGGUUAAACGAGCUUAAUAAUUCAGAGAAGCCUACCGUAGACAGAAUUAUAAGUUUUAGACAUGAUGAAGAUCCUUCUCUGGUAGAACUUCUGUUUCAGUUUGGGCGCUAUCUACUCAUUUCUUGUUCGAGGCCUGGAACUCAGGUUUCCAAUCUGCAAGGAAUAUGGAACAACGAGACUAAGGCACCAUGGGGCAAAUACCUUAGUGUUUGUAAUUCCAAGUUUGAUAACAAUAUGUCAUUCCUUUCACUUGCCAGUACAGCUCCCCAUCCAAAUAUAAAUCUACAAAUGAAUUACUGGCCAUCACUUCCUUGCAACCUUAGUGAAUGCCAAGACCCACUAUUCGACUUCAUUGGAUCCCUUUCGGUCAAUGGGGCUAAGACGGCAAAAGUGAAUUACGGAGCUAAUGGCUGGGUUAGUCACCAAGUCACAGACUUGUGGGCAAAAACAUCACCGGAUGCUGGUGAUCCUUCAUGGGCUCUAUGGCCAAUGGGUGGGCCAUGGCUUGCUACACACCUGUGGGAACACUACAGUUUUACAAUGGACAGAGAAUUUUUGGAGAGAACAGCGUAUCCACUUUUGGAAGGAUCUGCCUCCUUUCUGUUGUCCUGGUUGAUUGAAGGCCAAGAAGGCUAUCUGGAGACCAAUCCUUCUACUUCCCCAGAGCAUUAUUUUAUUGCUGCCGAUGGCAAGAAAGCAUCUGUGAGCUAUUCAACAACCAUGGACAUGUCAAUUAUUAGAGAAGUAUUCUCAGCUGUUCUUCUGUCUGCUGAUAUUUUAGGAAAAUCCAGCACUGAUGUGGUUCAGAGGAUAAAAGCGGCACUUCCAAGGCUCCCACCGAUAAAAAUUGGUAGAGAUGGUACAAUCAUGGAAUGGGCACAAGAUUUUAAGGAUCCCGAGCCUCAGCACAGGCAUGUAUCUCAUCUGUUUGGUCUUUAUCCUGGACAUACCAUGACACUUGAGCAAACACCUGACCUCUGCAAAGCUGUUGCCAAUACUCUUUAUAAAAGAGGUGAUAAAGGCCCUGGAUGGUCUACUUCAUGGAAGAUGGCCCUGUGGGCUCAUCUUCACAACAAAGCACGAGCAUGA